GUCACUGGGAGCCGGGCGGGGGGCAGCGGGCGCCCUUCGCUGUGGGCCGGAGCCAUGAGCCGUUAUCAGAGGUUGGUGAGCACUUCCCUUCAGUGCCAAAGGUUCCACACUGCAGCAGGAUGUCUAAAGAGCAAAACUGGGGCAGAGCACCGCUGGCUGGAGCGGCAUCUUAAGGAUCCAUUUGUGAGGGCAACAAAACAACAUAAUUAUCGUUGCCGGAGUGCUUUCAAACUGCUGGAGAUAGAUGACAAACAUAAGGUUCUUCGUCCAGGGCUCUCUGUGAUAGACUUCGGGGCAGCUCCUGGAGCUUGGAGUCAGGUUGCUGUACAGCGAGUCAAUGCUUUGGGCACUGAUCCUAACGCCCCUGUUGGUUUUGUCCUUGGAGUUGACCUUCUUCAUGUUUCCCCUCUGGAAGGAGCAGUCUUCCUUCCCAAUGCUGAUAUUACAGAUCCAGUCACGCUUAAGAAGAUCCAGAAGCUCCUUCCUACAGAGAGGGCAGACGUUAUCUUGAGUGACAUGGCACCUAAUGCCACAGGGAUCCGAGAGCUAGAUCAUCAGAAGUUGAUUAACUUGUGCUUGAUCCUUUUGGAUCUGUCCCAAAGUAUCUUGCGGCCAAGGGGAACCAUCCUCUGUAAAUUCUGGGAUGGACGGGAAGCCCAUCUUCUCCAAAACAGACUAAUGGAGCACUUCCAAGACGUGCGAACUAUAAAGCCUCAGUCCAGCCGGAAAGAGUCAGCAGAGAUCUAUUACUUGGCAAAACUGUACAAUGAUGGAGUGAAACAUCAGAAACAGUGAUGAUUGUGUCUGCCAUUAUUGCAGUGGUUGUCAGUCACUGACUGGAUACUUUGAUUUGAAGUGUAUUUAAA